GCGACGUCAUCAGUGAGCGCCUGUAUAGUGCAGUAAGCGGGAUUUCUCUCUUUGAAUGGGUGAAUCGGUUCUGGGAAGAAUCGGGUUUAAACUGAGCGGAUUCUACUGUGCUGCGGGCUGGUCUGAGCGUUUCUAAGAUGAUCGAUAUGAUCGAGAAGGAGGAGAACAUUAUCAGCGAGGAGGAAGCGGCUCAGUAUGACCGGCAGAUCCGGCUGUGGGGUCUGGACGCACAAAAGAGACUGAGGGGGUCUCGAGUGCUCCUGGUUGGACUGAGAGGUCUGGGGGCUGAAGUGGCAAAAAACCUUAUCCUGGCUGGAGUGAAGGGUCUCACUCUGUUGGACCAUGAACAGGUUACAGAGGAAUCCAGGCGAGCUCAGUUCCUGAUCCCAGUGGAUGCAAAUGGUCAAAAUCACGCUCAGGCUUCUCUGGAACGAGCCCAGUUCCUUAAUCCAAUGGUGGAAGUUAAGGCUGAUACUGAUCAAGUAGAGAGCAAGUCCGACGACUUCUUUCUGCAGUUUGAUGCGGUUUGUCUGACUGGAUGCUCCAAAGACCUGAUGAUGCAUGUGGAUCAGCUCUGUGCCUCCAAAAACAUUAAGGUCUUCUGUGGGGAUGUGUUUGGUUACCAUGGAUACAUGUUCUCUGACCUGGGCCAGGAGCAUCAUUAUGUGGAAGAGAAACCGAAGAUUGUGAAACCGUCAGAAGAGACUAAUGAUGGACCUGAAGUGAAGAAACCCAAAAUUGACCCUAAUGAGACCACCAUGGUGAAAAGGACGGCCAGUUUUUGCUCCCUCAAAGAAGCCCUGGAGAUAGACUGGACGAGUGAGGAGGUCAAAGGUCGUCUGAAGCGCACCCCGUCAGACUACUUUUUACUGCAAGUGUUGCUCAAAUUCCGCACGGAUAAAGGUCGCAAUCCUGACCCGGCCAGCUAUGCUGAGGAUUCACAGCUUCUCCUACAGAUCCGGGACGAUGUCCUGGAGGCCCUGGGGGUGAAUGCGGAUCUGCUGCCCGACAGCUUCGUCAGCUACUGCUUCUCUGAGAUGGCUCCAGUGUGUGCAGUGGUGGGAGGAGUACUUGGGCAGGAGAUAGUCAAGGCGCUGUCUCAGAGGGAUGCUCCGCACAGAAACUUCUUCUUCUUUGAUGGCUUGAAGGGCAGCGGGGUGGUGGAUUACUUCUGCGCCAAAUAACCACAGAGGAGACCACAGAAGUGACGGUUGUUGAAAGUGUAGGCACUCAAAAACUCAAAGCACCAUGGGAAACCUUGGGAGUUCUUUUGCUGCAAAAAGGAGCAAACAUUCUGGUUGUUAUUGGACUGUGUAGCUUUUGAAGCACAAAGCUAUUCUUCUGCUGCCAGGAGGAGCUCAGGCUGCUCGUUCUGUUCAUGCUGUUCACGCUUCAGACACACUCUUUCUGUCCACAGUUCCAGUAAAUAGAGACGGUCAAUCAGUUAUCGGUCAUGUCAUUUGUUAUUGUUUUGUUUUCUUUUUAUAUUUUGUAAUGAAAAGGUCCAAAUAAAUGCAUUUGUUUGGGAUCAAA